GCUAUGUCUUCGUAAAAUACACCCGCUAUAUAUUCGUGCAAGUUUACAACAAGGAACUUUUAAACUAGUAUUAGUAGAAGGCUUAAGUUAUAGUAAGUAUACGAUCAAAUAUUAGUAUCAACACAAUUUCAGAAACAUUUAAGGAAGUAUGAGUAGUGAAAACUUCAUGAGUGAAAAUAGUAACUCUUUAAACUUUAAAUUAAAAGAUCAAACAGAAAAACUACGGUAUAUUUAUGAUCUCCCCUGGCCAGUCCGAAAAGAGCUUUGCAGAGUGCUUGACGCUGAUGAAAAGUGGGAAGAGUUAGGUGCACAGUACCUGGGUUUUGAUAUAACAUCACUGACUUUAAUUGGUAGAAGCAAAAGUCCAACAGAUGAACUGCUUAGUAGGUGGGGCAUAAAAAAUGGUACAAUUAAUCAUCUGUUUCUUUAUCUUUCCAAAAUGGAUCAUCAGAGAGCCAUGUCUAUUCUAAAACCUUGUGUUGAUCCUAAGUACCACUGUUUUAUAAGGAAUAGCUUUCCUAUAACAACGAAAAUGGCAGCUUGUGGGGGAAAGGAAAAUGAGAAAAAUAUUUCUACAUCUCCAUUUGGUCAGAAAUUGACUACUUCAGAUUCUCAGAGCCAAAGUCAGCUUUCUACCAAGAGUUCCUGUUUUAAUGCUGACAAGAGUGUUUAUGGACACACUAAGUGCUCCAUUGAUCCAAAAAAUUUUAACUACCACAAAGUAGAAGAUUCACGUAAUAAAGGCUCCAUUUUUCCAAAUAAAUCUACAAACGUCAACCCACCAUCUAAAUGGCUUGCUGACCAGGAAUUGUCUUCAUUUCUGAAGACAAAUAUUAAUAGCAGUAAUACUGCUGAUGAACAGUAUCUCUCAUAUAAUUGUGCAUCAGGUAUCUCCUGCAACGAAGUCAAGAACGUACUGGACAUGAAAAAGUUGGGAAAAUCUUUGGCUAUAGUUACUAAAGAAAAAGAUAAGAAUAUUGGAAAAGUGGAUGAAAAACAAAUGUGUUAUGGUACAAAUGGAUGCAGCUUAAAUAACUUAGAGGAAGGCCUGCAAAUUUUGAAAAUUUCUUACAAGGAUCUACUUCAUUCCACAGACGAAUUUAGCCAAAGUCGUAUAUUAGGACGAGGUGGUUUUGGAGUAGUUUACAAAGGGGAUUGGAAAGGGAAUAUUGUUGCUGUGAAAAGAUUGAUGGCUAGAGAGGGCCAAGACAGUGUCUCCCGACAACAAGUUAGCUUAAAGCAGUCAUUGAAUGAGAUGAAAAUAUUGUACAGCCAUAGAAUAGAUAACAUCCUUCCAUUGUAUGGAGUCAGCUUAGAUGGUCCAGAACCUUGUUUGAUCUACCAGUUUAUGGUUAAUGGAUCUGUAGAAGAUCGGUUAUUAUUAAGGGAUAAUACUCCACCACUCACUUGGAUGCAACGAGGCAUCAUCGCAGAAGGCACAGCUAGAGGACUGAAUUAUCUACACACCACAUCAUACGUGUUGAUACAUGGAGAUGUUAAGAGUGCUAACAUUUUGCUUGACGUUAACAUGGAACCAAAGAUUGGAGAUUUUGGUCUGACAAGGGAAGGUCCCUCUGGUGAAGAUACUCAUGUAAAGGUCACCAGGGUUCAUGGAACGCAAGUUUACUUACCACCAGAGUACCUUCGAGAUAACCAGUUAUCAACAAAAGUUGAUGUUUAUAGUUAUGGUGUUGUUCUUCUUGAAUUGGCUACUGGUCUGCGAGCUUUUGACGAUAAGAGAUCAGACUUUAAGUACCUGGUACAAUACGUGGCUAGCCAUAACAGUGAAACAUUUGGUGCCCUCAAGGAUACAAAAGCUGGUGAGGACCAUAGUUACUGGUACUUACACUUGCUAAAUCAAGGACAGAGGUGUGCCCACAAACUGAAAAAAUAUCGUCCAGAAAUGGCUGAGGUGCAGGGUUGGUUUAAGCAGAUUCGAGAGCAGGUAGCUGAACUGGGCCAACUUUCUACCAUUGACAUAGAAACCCUGCUGUCGGAACCGUUGUCUCCAAUGCAACGUCAGAUACUGUAUGACAUUCGUAACAGACUAAGCUUACAGACUCCUGGUGCAUCAGGUUCAAAAUGCAAAAACUCUUUGGAUUGUAGAAGCUAUACAUCAUCAGCGCCUAGGUAUCCUGUAGUUCCACCUUACACCGGUCUUAAUGCUUCUGCCAACGU